AUGUCUGCCAUGGAAACUUUUUACGCGAAUUUAGACAAGGAGUAUGAAGAAAAUAUACCUUUUAUGUCCGAAAGGGAAAAGUGUCUUAAAGGCCUUGCUUUUAGUCCGUUGGAUAAGGAGCUGACGAAAAUGCGCAUCGAUGUGCGCAAGCUCCUACAUGCAUACAACAACAGUCCACCGGCGAACUUCAAGGAGGACGAGGAACCAAAGCUCGAGAUCAUGGGAAGUGAUCGUCGCGAAUUGCUCGCACAGAUUUUCCAAUUGAAGCACGGUGAAGAGAGCAGAAUCGAGAUCGAGCCUCCUCUCUGGCUGUACGUAACAUUUACGAAGCGAUACUAA